GAUACCUGAUUCAGAUACUGAUAUGAUAUGAUGCAAAGAAUCACAACCUCUGCAUUCCUCGCUUUAACUCCUUUUUCAAAAGCCAAAGCCUAUGAUUCCUAGAGCAGCAUCAACACCAACGCUUCAAGCUUUGAUUGAGGUGUCCAAGAUGCAUUCGGAAAGUGGGGAUGUUGGGACACCAAAAGGGGCAUUGGAAGAAGCUAAGGCGUUGAAUUCAAAGAUGAAGCGUAGUGGGAACCUAAGCAGCAAAGAUAUGCUGUUUAGAGCUGAUAAGAUUGAUCUCAAGAGUUUGGAUGAUGAGCUAGAAAAACACCUUACAAGGGUUCUGUCUAGACAUAUUGAGGCCAAAAGGCCUAAAGAAGAGUGGGAGAUUGAUUUGGCAAAACUAAAUUUGCAACAUGUUGUGGCGAAUGGGGCCUAUGGCACUGUCUAUAAGGGCACCUAUGAUGGCCAAGAUGUUGCAGUGAAAGUGUUGGAUUGGGGUGAGGAUGGUGGUGCUUCUGCUGCUUCCUUAAGAGCAUCAUUCCAGCAGGAGGUUACUGUUUGGCAAAAACUUGAUCAUCCAAAUGUUACAAAAUUUGUUGGAGCUUCAAUGGGGACAUCAAACCUCAGAAUUCCAAGAGAAGCCGGAGGCCAAGAUUCUCUCCCUACUCAAGCAUGUUGCGUGGUUGUUGAGUUCAUCCCCGGUGGAACUCUGAAAAAUUACUUGUUUAAGAACAGACGGAGGAAACUUCCUUACAAGACUGUGAUUCAGCUGGCUUUGGAUCUCGCUCGAGGUCUUAAUUAUCUACAUUCGAAAAAGAUCGUGCAUCGUGAUGUUAAAACAGAUAAUAUGUUGCUCGAUAUGAAUCGAAAUUUGAAAAUAGCUGAUUUUGGAGUUGCUCGUGUGGAAGCUUUGAAUCCAAGUGAGAUGACAGGUGAAACAGGAACCAUUGGAUAUAUGGCACCAGAGGUUUUAGUAGGCAAGCCUUACAAUAGAAGAUGUGAUGUGUAUAGCUUUGGCAUUUGCUUGUGGGAAAUAUACUGCUGUGAUAUGCCAUAUUCGACACGAAGCUUUGUUGAUGUCUCGUCGGCAGUUACUCAUCAGAAUUUGCGACCGGAUAUUCCUCGAUGCUGCCCGAGUGCAUUGGCGAACAUCAUGCGAAAAUGCUGGGAUGGGAACCCGAACAAGCGGCCGGAGAUGGAUCAGGUGGUGCGAAUGUUGGAAGCAAUUGAUACCAGCAAAGGAGGAGGGAUGCUGCCUGAUGAUCAGGCUCCAUUUUGUUUCUGUUUUGGAACAGUUCGUGGUCCUUAGUUACUUGAAUUUCAUUCAAUAAUGUUCAUAUUCACGGGGUGGAGUGAUUUCUUUCUUUUAUUGUUACCUUGUUUUUAUAAUUUCAACACUAGGGGGUCCCUUUGUUGUUGUAUCCAGUUCUCAAAACUCGCUUUCUUGGCCAUCAAGCAAAGCUUUCGCUCCAUAGCUUUAUCUUCAUUUUUUUAUAUGAUAUCUCA